CUUAAUUAUUAUUUUCAAUCCAUUAAAGAUGGCUGAAGAUUGGACAACCAAAAAAGUUGACAAAUAUGUGGUCGUUAACAAAACUUUAGGCCAAGGCGCUUAUGGAAUCGUAUAUCGAGGCUUUCUUCAAGAAGACGAAACUAAACAAGUGGCUGUCAAAACCAUAAAAAUAGCUGUAUAUUUGGAUUACCUAACUUUUAUAGACAAUCUCAGACACCCCAAAAAUGAUUGAGUUGAUCAAAAGAGAAAUAGCUAUCCUUCAAAAAAUUAAUCAUCCCAAUAUAGUAAGGUUGUUUGAUGUAGCACGUACAAACAACUAUUUGUAUAUGUUUCUUGAAUAUUGUGCUGAUGGAGAUCUAAAAGAUUAUAUGGCCAAAAAGGAAGAGAAAAGAUUGAGUGAGGUAAUUUUUGCUAUCAAUUACAUAAGCUUGAAGCUGUGAUCUUUAUCAAACAUAUUGUAGAAGGCUUCAAAAGAUUAUACAAGCAGAAAAUAAUUCAUAGAGAUAUAAAACCAGCCAACAUUCUCUUACACUAAGGAGUAGCUAAGAUCACUGAUUUUGGUUUUGCACGUGUCAUGGAUACAGAAAUGAAUGGUAUUUUAUCAAAAUUCUUCCUUUUAGACCCUGCUUAUUUAUCAAGAUUAGGAUCACCACUUUAUAUGGCUCCACAAAUUCUUGAAGGUCAACCUUUUUCAGCUAAAUGUGAUGUCUGGUCUGUUGGAGUUAUGUUUUAUGAACUUCUUUAUGGUAGAACUCCUUGGUCAGCUGAAAAUGCUUAUUCACUUCUAGAAAAUAUAAAAAAAUAAGUAUAGCCACUUAUAUUAACUAUAGUCAUUGAAAUUCCCACCUAAACCUGUAAGAUCUUAAAAAGUCAAAGAACUUAUUACUCUAAUGUUGAGAGUCUAAGAAAAGGACAGAAUUUCUUGGGAAGGUGUUUUCGAAGAUCCUACUAUUAAAAUAGAUGAAGAAACAAUCAAAGAAAACAUGAAAAAUAUCUUAAAAGAAAAAGGUACAUCAAAUACUUAUUUAUAAAGACGAAAUUUCUAAAUCCAUCAGUCUUAAUAAACUCUAUAUUGAUUAAAAUUUAGUUGUUGGAUAUUUAGCUAAAAAUCCAAUUAACACUCUUGAAAAUUCUAAUUAAUAGACAAUGGAGGCUUCUGCUGAAGCUAGAUCUUAAUCAGCCAAGUUUUCAAGUUAAUUAGAUUCAGAUUCAAAUGUAAAUACUUUUAUUCAAAUAUUAGGGUGAUAUUAUUAUGAGUAAUUACAAAAAUGAAAAAAAGAGAAGAGAUGCUAUGUUAAAAUAUAACAAUUACUUUCUGUUUGAAAGAAACAUUGCUUUCUUUUUUAACUUUGUUAUUCAAAAAAUUAUUAAACUAUAAGCAAAACUCUAAUUAACAAAUGAUAAUUAUUUUAGAUUAAUCUAUUUAAUUGCUAAAAAUCAAAUGGUUCAUCUUGAAAGAGUCAAUCAAUAAUUAUAAAGGAAAGAUCAUGAUAAAUUUGAUAAGGAAACCUGGGGAAGAUUUUUAGCAUCUUAAGUAAAAUAUUAAUUAAAAGUAUAGGAAUACCAAAAAUUAAUCUAAUUGAUCUAAAUGGAUGUGAAACACUCAUUAGAUUUCUAUACUGAAAUAUCAAAGAAAUGUAAUAUUGUUCAACAAGAGGAAUUAGUAAAUGGAAAAGCUACUGGAGCAACCUUGAGUUUGAUCAAGAAUUUCUAAUCCAUACAAAAUAAUAACUUUGAAGCUAAUGACACUUUUCAUAUGUUAUAUAGAGAUAUUAUUGUUGAAAACUUAAAACUCAUAAAAAAUCUUAAUAGUAAAGAAACGGAGAUAAAUUUACUUCUUCUUUAUCUUUUAAUUUGUUAGAAUCCAUAUGAAGAAUUUAAAGAUAUAAAUUAUGACUUUAAUACCUUUUAUGAGGAAAUAGAAAAUUUAAAUCUUUAAGAAGUCUAAGAAAAACUUUAAAAAAAAGGACAAAAAUGA